ACGGGACAGUUGCUUUCUUCAUUGAAUAAUCUAAAUAAUUAAUACGAAGUGGUGUUUUGUGGUUAAUGAUCGCAUUAAGUUAGUCGGAAGACAUUCGCGAGUGUUAUUAUAUUGGAGUAUUCAAUAAACAAAGUGUAUCUGCCUAUUUUCGCUUCGUGUCAGGAAGCCGCUUCAUAACUCAAAAGUUUAUGCGGACUUUUGAGUUAAUUCGUUUGGGGUUCGGAGUAGGAGUCUACUCCGAGGGUGGGGGCUUAGGUUUCAUCAUCAUCACCUUUCAUCAUUUCAUUAAUCAUCAAGAAAAAAAAUACGUCAGACAUGGCUGUAUGGGCAUAGUUCCCUUUGCCUUACCCUUCGGGGAAAACCAAACCAAAAAAAAAAAAAAUCAUUCUGUAAUAAACUGAUGGCGACAGCGAGGUGUAAUGUUUUUUGUUUUUAAUAAAUUGUAUAAAUAAAUCAAUUUUUGCCUCACUACAAUAAAUUUUGCUUCUGAGCAUCAGCAGAAAGAAAAACAAUGUAUUUCAAAUUGUACAUGAUCUGUACGCCUACACUAAAAAGAUAAUAUCCUGAGUUUAUUUCGAUUAUUCGUAUAAAAUUCUGUACUUAUAAUUACAUUAACAUUUUACCUUAGAAAAGGCUUUGACGGUUUUUAUAAAGACUUAAGGACUUCGCAUCAAACCAACAUGAAUAAACGAGAACCUGACUACCCUGUGGAGUUAGAAAGCCAAAUAAUCAUGAGAUUGCCGGAAGAACCAGCUAAGCUCCUUAAGGAAGUACUUAAAACUGGGGAAAACUUUAAAAACAGACUUACUAUACAAAUCGAUAACGACAUGCGGAAAGGGGAAGUGCGCUUUGACCACUGGCUACUUCAUGGAAAAAUUGUAGAUCUGCCGACCAUAGUAGAGUCAUUAAAAACUAUAGAUCGCAAAAGUGUCUACAAAACUGCAGAUAUUUGUCAGAUGAUGAUAUGUAAAGAUGAACUGGAUCCUACAACUACUGAAGAAGAAUCACCCACAAAAAAUAAGAAGAAGGAUCCUCUGAAGGUAGAUAAAAAGUUUCUCUGGCCACAUGGCAUAACUCCACCAACUAAAAAUGUAAGAAAGAGGCGCUUUAGGAAAACACUCAAGAAGAAAUCUGCCGAGGCACCAGAAAUAGAAAAAGAGGUAAAACGACUGUUAAGAGCGGAUUAUGAAGCUGUUAAUGUCACUUGGGAAAUAAUAAAAGAGGAAGAUGAACACAACUUGAAGCCUGAACCAAGCACGUCAGGCAAACCUGAGAAAACAAAGAUGAAAAAAGAAGCAAAUCUAAAAUUAGAAUCAAAUCAAUCGUCAUCUAAAGUAGAAGAUAUAUUUGGAGGUGCUCUCAGUGAUAGUGACUUAGAAGAUGAAAAUAUUAAUGUUGAUGUUGAGGAUAGUCACUUGUCCUCAUAUGGAGACCACUUUUCUGAUUCAUCUGCACAAGGAACUGGAAAUUUCAAGGGUGGUAGAUUUGCCACACAGUUUAGUACUGAAAUGUUUACUUCUGCUAUUGACUUGAACGAUGAAUCACUUCCUUCAUCAUCAACAAGUAGGCCAAGGGCUUCUGCAGGUUUAUACAAGAGUGAUCAUUAUCCAACUGAUGAGUUCCUGAAUCCACAAGCUACUGACAAUAGCAACACAAGUUUCAAACUGCAACAGCUCAGUGCUGAGUUGGAAGAAUUAAAACAGAGACGACAAAGGACACAACUUGAAAUUUCCGGCAUGGAAAACAUGACCCUAAGACAAAGAUUCCAAGAUAUUCUUCAGACUUUAAAUAAAGAUAUAAAGUAUAAAGAAAUAGAAUACCAAAAUCUUCAGUCUCUUAUGAAAUAAGUAAUUUGCAUAAUGUAUUAGCAAUAUAAUUAUUUAUCUCAAAUGUAUUAAUCUUAACUUACUUAAGUUCCUACAUGUAUAAUGGAGUUUUCAAUUAAUAAAUUCAUUCAUUUAAUUUA